AUGGCUUUCAAAAAAACCCUUGCUCAACGUCUCUUUAAUAUCACCAAAAUCUCAUCGCAAAAUUUCACGAAUUGUCGUAUUUCGUCUUCCUCCGUUCGUCCUACAACGGCGGUGAGCGACUUGGAUGUUUCUCCGGAGAAGGGAGAAGGUGGAAUAUUCAGGAGGUUUAUUCACAAACGGACCGGGUUUGAACCGAAACAGACCGGGUUGAAAUCGGAGCUUCGUCAGAAUCAGAUGAAUGGGAGGAACAUAGUGGAUAAGCUGAGAGAGAUGGACAUUGCUCGGAAUCGUAUUCGGUUGGGCGGGCUGAAGCCUCUACCGGAGAAAACGGAAGUGGACGGUGUUAGCGCCGGUGACGUGAAGAAGUUGUUGAAAGUGGCGCAGUUGGAGUCGGUGAAAGCGAGGUUGAGAGGUUCCGCGAAAAGUUGCAUAACGGUUUCUGAGUUAGUUAGGAUCUGUUCCGAAUAUUGCUCGGAUUAUGAUCAAGCGGUUAAGAUUGCAAAGAUGCUGGAUGAUUCUGCGGCUGUGAUUAUUCUAGGAGAUACAGUUUUUCUGCAACCGGAGCAGGUUGCAAAAACAAUCCAAAGUCUGCUUCCUACACCAGGAUCAAAGGUACCGGAUUCAAUAAGAAAAGAAUAUGAAGAAAUGGAGAAGAAGAAACUAGCCAUUGACAACAAAGCCAGUGCUUUAGUACGCCGCGAGCUCUGGGGAGGUUUGGGUUUCCUCAUUGUACAAACUGUGGGAUUCAUGAGACUCACAUUUUGGGAGCUGACUUGGGAUGUAAUGGAACCAAUUUGCUUUUAUUUAACAUCCAUGUACUUCAUGGCUGGUUACACAUUCUUUCUCAGGACCGCAAGAGAGCCUUCAUUCGAAGGUUUCUAUGAAGCCCGUUUCAGCUCGAAGCAAAAGCGUCUUAUCAAGGCUUACAAAUUUGAUAUUGAAAGGUACAAUAAGCUUAAGGAUAUUUGUUCUCCAACCAUUCCUUCAAUGUUUGAUUCAUCCAUUGCUCUCCCAGUUGGUAAUUCUUCACAGCAUCAUUGA